UAAUUCGUGUGGCCUUCCUAAAUCCCCAAACUGCCCAUCGAACUACAACUCCAUCUUCUUUCUCUUUCCAUUUGAAUUUCGAUCGGGAACCUUCAGGUGUAAUUCGGGAAAAAGAUUUUCACUUUUUAAUCCAGAAUUUUCCCGAAUCAAAGUUAGCCCUAAAAUUUCUUCCGAAAACUAAUUGACUAAACCCCCGAUUUCUUGAAAUCAGUACACCCAAAUCGGGUCGGGGGAAUUGCUUCCCAUUUCUGAAUCUGUCCAAUCCGGUCAAUCGGUUGCGCGCGAAAGCAUCAUCUGGGUUUUGAAGGGGAUUGCUGCUAUAUAGAUUGAAGAGACGGCGGAUUUCGAUGAGAUCAUGGGAAACGAUAAAACGGAGCAGGACUCGACUUCCAUGUCGAUCAUCGAGACAGUGAAUGGGUCUCACCAAUUUACCAUAAAGGGUUACUCGCUGGCCAAAGGUAUGGGGGCGGGUAAGUGUAUACAGAGCGAUGUCUUCACCGUGGGGGGUUACGAUUGGGCAAUUUACUUCUACCCCGACGGCAAAAACCCCGAGGACAGCGCCAUGUAUGUCUCAGUGUUUAUCGCCUUGGCCAGCGAGGGUACUGAUGUUAGGGCUUUGUUCGAGUUGACGCUUGUGGAUCAGAGCGGGAAAGGGAAGCACAAAGUGCACAGCCACUUCGAUCGCGCGCUCGAGAGCGGGCCUUAUACGUUGAAGUAUAGAGGAAGCAUGUGGGGUUACAAGCGAUUCUUUAGGAGAACGACUCUUGAAACUUCUGAUUACCUAAAGGACGAUUGCCUUAUCAUGAACUGCACUGUCGGAGUUGUUAGAACUCGGCUUGAAGGACCAAAACAAUAUAUGAUUCCUGUACCACCGUCGGACAUGGGUCAAGGUCUUAAAGACUUGCUAGAAUCUGAAGUUGGCUGUGAUGUAGUUUUCCAGGUCGGUGAUGAAACGUUUAAAGCUCAUAAAUUGAUCCUUGCUGCUCGUUCACCUGUUUUUAGAGCACAAUUUUUUGGACUUGUUGGGGACCCUAACACAGAUAAAGUGGCAGUAGAAGAGGUUGAGCCUUCUAUCUUCAAGGCAAUGCUAUUAUUCAUUUACACAGACAAACUUCCUGAUGUACAUGAAAUUACGGGUUCAACAUCUACAUGUGCAUUCACCAACAUGGUGCAGCACCUGCUGGCCGUUGCUGACCUCUAUAAUUUAGAUCGGCUGAAGCUAUUAUGUGAAUCGAAGUUGUGUGAGGAACUUAAUGCUGACAGUGUGGCUACAACACUUGCACUAGCUGAGCAGCAUCAGUGUUCCCAGCUUAAAUCAGUCUGCUUGAAAUUUGCUGCAUCUCCAACAAACUUGGGAGGUGCGUGUUGCCCGUAGAAACUGAACGGUGCAAAUUUCAGCCGUAAUGCAGUCAGAAGGAUUCAGACACUUGGAAGAGAGCUGCCCAACGUUGUUGUCUGAGAUGCUAAAGACAUUUGCGUCAGGUGAUGAAAACUCAAACACACAAUCAAGCAGGAAAAGGAGUGGCAGCAGUGUAUUUGGGCUUGACAUUGCCACAGAUGGGGCUGUUGCGGAAUCUGCUAAUCCCAAUGGCAGGCGUUUGAGAAGGAGAUUUUAGGAUAUCCAGCUUGCAGCUACAUUCAAGGGUCAUAAACAAGAAAUGCAUCUCACUUCAAAAUGUAUUAACAUAUUGCAUGUCAAUGUUUCGAAUUGCUAAUGCCAAUCCUUUUUGCAUCAGUUUGUCCUUGUAUAAAGCUGCUGUUUUUCCUUGAGGGUAAUUUCUCAUAUCUACUUCACAUAUGAUUUACUUUUAUCAAGGAAAAAGCUGGGCAAUAUCUCAGGUCAGUAAAGUUUAGGAGCUGUGUGUUAGGAUUUGAUAGCAUAAAACAAGCCUGCCCAAACCAGGAGCAAGUUAAGGAAAAAUAGAGGGGAUCAUUGCUUUCUGUGCAUCACAGCUUGUAGCCAUUGCCCUACGCACAUUACAGCUUGUAGUCACUGCCUUCUGCACACCGGAGCUUGUAGUAUUUCAGGUAGUGCUAUCAUACAAAACAUUUGCAAUGAAGGUUGAAUUUGUUAAACGUGUUAGGAAUGUUUUGUAAAUCAUGUAUGGAUACUGCAGAGGGACUUAUUUUAGUUUCAAAGUACAAACCUUGACUGGUAUGUUGUUAUGUGGUGCGUGCAAUGGAAGGUGAAUGUUUCUUCUUUCUUUUCC